AUGGAAACGGCUCUUAUACUGCAGUCGAGUUUCUCAGAGACGAGACAAGUGGACGACUCCAUUGAUAUCAGACGUAAUCUUAGACUUCGUUACCCUAAAGACCCGCAGAAGGAGAACAGUCACGAGUACUGUGUGGUGUUCGAGAUUGUCAAAUCGCGCAAAUCGUGCGACACACUAGGCUCGGAGUUGGAGCGCAAAUUGGAGCAGGGUAGCCGCGUGUGCGUACAGUGCCAAGACGCGGCCAUGCGCAAACACCUGGGCUACCGGUGCCACGGGCACGGAGUCGAGGGCAAAGUGACCCGUUGGACAGCUUUGGCCGGCAACUCGUGUCACGGCCGGUGGGUUCGCCGCGAACAGUACACCCACUGUCCCUGUCACGCAACUGGUCACCCUGAUUUCAUAUUUGUUUGA